AUGAGAAUUGAAGAGGUCACUUCACUUCAACAUGCGCAGCGCGUGGCAUCGCAUAGCCACAUCAAGGGCCUUGGACUCCUUCCCGAUGGAUCGGCCAAAGACAUCCAUAUGGGCAUGGUAGGGCAACACCAAGCAAGGGAAGCAGCGGGUCUCAUCGUUGAGCUCAUAAGGAAUAAGCGCAUGGCUGGAAAGGCUCUACUUCUAGCUGGGCCACCAGGCACAGGAAAAACCGCAAUUGCCAUGGCAAUCGCUCAGGAGCUCGGCAGCAAAGUGCCGUUCUGCCCCAUGGUAGCGAGCGAGGUGUACUCAAGUGAAGUAAAGAAAACAGAAGUCCUCAUGGAAAACUUCCGCAGGGCCAUCGGGAUUAAGAUAAAGGAAGUAAAGGAAGUGUUCGAAGGGCAGGUGGUCAGCCUGACGGACGAGCCCAACGACAUGCUAACUGCUCCUGAGAACUCGUCACGGAGCGACCCUCACGAAGAAGCUCCUUGCCCUCCCGUGCGAAUCACACUAAAGACGAGCAAAGGAUCCAAAACGUUGCGCCUGCAUUCCAGCAUCAAUCAGGGACUGAAGAAGGAAAGAGUUGCGGUAGGAGAUGUCAUUUAUGUCGAAGCCGCCACGGGCCAGGUGCGCAGAGUCGGACGCAGCGAAGAGUUUGCUGGAGAGUUCGAUCUGGAAACUGACAAGUUUGUGCCAAUUCCAAAAGGCGACGUCCACAAGAAAAAAGAGGUUAUACAGGAUGUGACUCUGCACGAUUUAGAUGCCGCGAACGCCAAGCCGUCUGGCGGCGCUCCCCUGGCAUCUCUCCUAGGGCAUUUUUCCAAGCCACGGAAAACGGAGAUAACAGAGAAACUUCGACAAGAAAUUAACAAAGUCGUCAAUAAGUACCUCGACCAAGGAGUUGCUGAGCUGGUGCCCGGAGUCUUGUUUAUUGAUGAGGUGCACAUGUUGGACGUGGAAUGCUUCACAUACUUAAACCGCGCACUUGAAAGCCCUUUGUCACCUGUGGUCGUCGUCGCCACCAAUCGAGGCGUCUGCACCAUUAGGGGAACGGACGUCAUGAGCUCGCACGGGGUUCCUGUAGAUUUGCUGGACCGCAUGCUUAUUGUCCGUACACAGCAGUACUCUGAGGAAGAAAUAAAAGAGGUUCUGGACAUUCGCUGCCGUGCAGAAGGGCUGUCUUUGAGCAAGGAGGCUGCCGAGGUGUUGGCGGCCGUCGGAGUCCGCACGUCGUUGCGCUACGCAGUGCACCUUCUAACUCCCGCCGCCAUUUUGGCCCAGGCAGACAUUACAGACGAAGACUGUGACAACGCAGAGUUAGGUGAACCCGUUAUUCACCUGCGGCACGUGCAGGAAGUUGACGCUCUGUUUCAGGACGCAAAGACGUCCUCCAAGCGCCUUGCAAGAGAGGCCGAUUUUUUCAUCCAGUAA